AUGGCGUCUCCCGUAUCCCGCAGACGGCUCGUCGCCUCCAUCAUCUAUCGCACGCUCUACGUUCUUCUCUAUGUUUGUCUUCUCGGACUCUUAAUAGCUACUCCAGCCGAUGCGAUCCAUCGCUCGUUCCAAAACCGACAGCUCUAUAACAUCUGGAUUCUAAUUGCCGCCUACGUCACUGCCAUCGUUGUUGUUUCCUUCGUCUUUAUCACCCGCCUCUAUAUCAACAAAACCGAGUUGGGAUCGAUACCAAAGGGAUGGGUGCCUAUCGAAAAGGGCGAUCUGCGCUCGACUGUUCACAAGGUAAUCGGCUUGGGUCUUGGCCGCAGUGCAUCAAUCGCAUACGAAUCACGUCCAAGACUUCAGACUGAAAACACAGCCUCUGAUGACGAAAAUGUCGAAACGAGAGUCAAGAUGGGUUUCGAUGGCCCUGAAGGCCCCGCGGAGGAGCUUGUGGUGGUAAUACCUCGUCGAAAACCAGUAUGGGGAGAUAUUGAGCACUACGGAUGGUCCUCGCCCAACACGCCCGAUCUGCCCAACCUCGAGUACUCAACCGUCUUCUCCGAACUUCCCAAUCUUAUCGAAGGCAAGGCUUUGACUCUUGCACCCCCCGAUCCGACCUCUGAGACAAAUCCACCUCUACUCGAUCCCGAGGCUGUAGCUCUCCUCCAGCGAACCGCCAACAUGAGCUUGCGCGACUACGUAGUUCAUCUUGCCGGGUUGGGAGUACUCACCAUGGACGCAAACGCUACCAAGUUUCUUUCACACUAUGAAUACGCUCGCUUCUCUAAUCGACCCAUUUCUAAUGCUCAGUUCAAAGAGCUGAUGCACCUUUUUGCUGAAAUUCUCCGCGCAAUGGAGCCUCUGGACCCGAACAUCCUUGACGAUCAAGAAGAGGCAUCCUCGCCAUCCACCACCGGCGAUGACGAUACCAGAAGUGGCACUUCUCGCAGCAAUCUAACACCUUCGGAUGCUGCCAGUAUCAGUAGCUCUACUCGACGAUUAAGACAUCAACCUUCAACUAAUACCUGGAACGUCUACCAGACCGCUCCUAAUAGUAUGAGAAGUGGAAUUACUGGACGAGGAACUUUGUCACGAAGAUCAAGUAAUAAUAGUCUUGCUCAAAGUCAGCGCCGAUACCCCAUGAGCCACCCGUCAACCUCAAGCCUUCGGUCCAAGUCUUCAGGCAGCUCCGGGUCUGUCAUUCGAUUGGCUACGCACCAUGAUUCUACAGACCUGCCCUACGUGCUCAGUCUAAGAGAUACGACUGCUAGCUAUUAA